UUGAUGGAUGACAUCUUCUGCCUUUUAUGAAUUUAUUGUUAAUUGCUUUUAUCCUCAACUGCUAGAGAAUGGCGUUCAGUUUCCUGUUAUAAUUUUCUUUGAUGGGCAUAAGUCCCACAUCAGCAUUGAAUUGCAUGAUUUCUGCAUUCAAAAGAAAAUUAUUCUUUAUUGUUUUGUGGCUCACGCUUCUCAUAUAAUGCAGCCGUUAGAUGUAGGCACUUUUAGGCCACUAAAAGUUUAUUGGGCUCAAACUGUAGCAGAACAUGGUCAACGCUCAAAUAAAAUUAUAAAUAAGUCAAAUUUUGCACCUCUUUUCCACACGGCAUACUCAAAAUUAUUAUUAAAACCGGAUAUUGUAAAAAAAAGUUUUGAAAAAGCUGGACUUUUUCCUUUUAAUGUGGAUAAGGUGGACUAUAGUAAGUGCAUAGGAUACAGAAGAGCUUGCAUGAAAGAUAACGUGGCUAAUGAUGCACUAUAUGAAACUACAUCUAAUAACAGCUACAAUAUAGAAUCAGAAAUACCUGUUGACAUUUUAAAAGAUUUUCAGCUAAACUUAUUAUUGGGAACUAUGCCACAAUCAGAAAAAGUAUUAUUUAUGAUAUGGAAAAAAACAAAACUUCCUAAAAAGUAUAAUAACAUAUUAAACAUAGAAAAUAACAGUGUAGACUUAAAAAGUACUGAUGAACCCGGGAAUAAUAGCUGUCAAUUAAUAGCUUGCGAAGAUGGAGUAAAUAUGUGUGAUAAUGUUCCAAAGAUAUAUAUAAAGUCUAAUUCGAUUUCAACACUUAUCGUUGAACAGUCACUAGAUAUAAACAAGAAUAUGGAUAACAGUGUCAUGUCAACAGUCAACUUGACUGAUAUCAAUAUUCAAGAAAUACCACAUUUUAAUGAAACAAUUUUGGAGGAGAUGAGUACUUCUGUUAGCAAUGGUACCAAAGAUACAUUUUCACUACCAUAUGUAAUGUCAGAUAAUAAUGAAACAGUUUUGGACCGCAUGGAGAUUUCUGAAAGCAAUGGUAUCUUAAAAAUAUCUUCACCACCGUAUUUGAUGUCUGAUCAUUCUCAACUCGCCCACUCAUCUAAUGAUGUUGCAGUUAUUAAUGACUCAUCAAGUGUGUCAGCAGUAAUUUCCAAUGAAAAAUUUUGCUCAAAUGCAUUGUGGAAUUUAGAUAAUGCUACUCCUUUUCCCAGGAGCACUUUACAUUCACCCACUGACAGUACUCUUCAAGUCGACUUUUCAACAAUAGUCAACAAUGAUAUUUCUGUGAAGAAAGAAAUUUUGGAUAAAAACUAUGUUGAAAAUGUAUGGAAAGAAAGCUUACAUUUUCCUCGCAUAGAGACAACUAAAGUAAAAAAAUUGAAAGUUGAUCAUGUUCCAACGUAUGCGUUGACCUCAGAACAAUGGAAAAUGCAGUUUCUUAUGAAAAAAAAUGAAGAAGAAAAAAUAAGGCAAGAAAAGGAGUUGAAGAAAAAAGCGUAA